GGCGCGCGGUCACUUUCGGAUUCAGGCUUCCAGUGUCACAUGACCCUGUGACGUCAGAAGGGCCUUAAGGCGCAUGGAGUUUAGACACUGCCAUGCCAGAGUUAGUGAUUAGAGCCCGGAAGCGGCAGCUCACAGAACACAUGUGAUACUUAGUGGUAGUCCUCCUUGCAAUGUUUUGAAGAAGCAGCAGCGGAGAAGACCCUUAUCUCCUGGAAUACCCUUCACUGUUUACACCCAAGACCAUGUCCAAGGCGACCAAAAGAAAACAUGUGGUGAAGGAGGUUCUUCUGGAUUAUGUUCAGCCUUCUGAGAAUCAGCGCAUAGUGAGAGUUUUAGGAAGUCCUGGCAAUAAUCUUCAUGAGGUGGAGACAGCUGACGGUGAACGGUUCUUGGCCAGUAUGCCCACAAAAUUCCGAAAGAACAUCUGGAUCAAGAGAGGUGAUUUUGUUAUUGUUGAUCCUAUUGCUGAAGGAGAAAAGGUGAAGGCAGAGAUCACUUUUAUCAUAUAUAAGGACCAUCAGCGCCUCCUUCAGAAAGAAGGCUUAUGGCCUUUAGGUUUCAAUAAAGAUGGUGCAGAAAAUCCGGAGUUGGAAAAAGAAAGCAACAAGGGGGCAGAAUCACAGAAUUCCAAAUGCGAUAAGUCUGGGUCUGAAGAUGAUGAUUCAGAAGAUGACAGUGACCUGUUUGUCAACACUAACCGAGUCUACUACGAAGACAGCGAAGAGGAAUCCGAAAGUGAGGAGGAGGAAGAAGAGAAAGAGUGAAGAUCUGGGCUCCAUAUAAUGGAGUACUUUCAGAGAGCGGAGACUGUGGUGCGUGAUGGCGGAGACACACAGCACUGGGAUAGAUUUCUUUCAGACUCCUGUGCUGUAAAUAUGGCCUUUACCUCUGCGACCCAAUGAUUUACUACGCAGCCUGUUGAGUUGAAGGUCCUGCCUUUGUUUCAUUCUCAUGUCUUCUUGUUUUGUACUUUUUUUUUUUUUUUUUUUUUUUUUUUUUUCUUUCUUUAUGCAUUCCCAUUACUCCUGAAGAAGAGAGAGCCUCACCCAUCUUUGUAUUAUAAUGACUGCUUUAAAGUCUCAGCCGGAGACUAACGUUUAUAAAGAAAGAUAACAUAUGA